CGGCUGCGCGGGGCCAUUCUUAGCGGAAGUGCGCUCUCAUUCCCUGCCCUCGUCCGUCAGCCGCUGCGGGGUCUGCCAUGGCCGGCCGGGGGAAGCUCAUCGCAGUGCUGGGCGACGAGGACACCGUGACCGGGUUCCUGCUGGGCGGCGUCGGCGAGCUCGACAAGCACCGGCGCCCCAACUUCCUGGUGGUGGAGAAGGAGACGGCGCUGGCCGAGAUCGAGGACGCUUUCCGGAGCUUCUUGUGCCGCGACGACAUUGGCAUCGUCCUCAUCAACCAGUACAUUGCGGAGAUGAUCCGCCACGCCAUCGACGCCCACACCAAGUCCAUCCCGGCGGUGCUGGAAAUCCCCUCCAAGGAGCACCCCUACGAUGCCUCUAAGGACUCGAUCCUGCGUCGCGCCAAGGGGAUGUUCUCCGCCGAGGACCUGCGAUAGACCAGCUGCUCCUCCACCAUCUACUCUUCCGUCAAGAGCUUUCCCUCCCUCUCCUCUCCUCUCCUCUCCUGUUGCUCGGGCACAUUUACGGCCAUCCACACCCUUCCUCUUGCUGCCCAGGGGUCAAUUCCUGUGGUCGCCUACAUUCCUGCUGUUUGGAAUUCCUAGCUCUGUAGUCUGUCUGCUGUAUUUUGGGAGCAGGGAGGGUGGGGGCAGCUGGGAGCUAACAUCACACUUUCUGCUGCAAUCAUAGCUAGAGCUGUGUUCGCGUUCCCUCGGGUGCCGUAAUUGACCAGGGAGCCUCUCCAUAUACUCCUAAGGCACUUUCUCCCACCCCACAAAAGGGGGGGUCCAAAGGUAUAUUUCUCAGCAGAAUGAUUUGGGAUCUUUUGAGGGACCGACAUUUCUGUGUCCUUCAGGACUAAAGUCCUGAUCCCUGGUUGUUGAUGGAGCAGUACACUUACAACCCAAAUCUACACACACACACACUCCUGUCUGUGAAGUGCAAACCGGUGAUCUUUAAUUAAACUGAAGGGCAGAACAUGCAGUUCUGUUCUUGCAGAUUUGUGUCUUCAGGAGUAAAUGUUACGAUACCUCGUCAGAGGUGGUGCCGCACUGGAAAUAAUUUCUGCCACUUUCACUCUGACGUCCUCCGGCAGACCUCUCUGUAGCCCCUGAUUUGCCCAAAUAUUCUCCGCUGUACCGCUUGCUUCUUGCAAAAGUCCUGCCUGCGGGUGAGUCUCGGAGAGAAAAUCGACACCCAACCAUUUUCAUCUGUGCUUUUACCCUGUUGUGACUUGUGCUGUUUGUUUUGUUCCGAGUACAAGAUAUAUGUGAUCUUUAAUAAUAGCUAAUUGUAGUUAUAUUUUUGUGAUUCCUUGUGAAUGAACCUGUUAAAAAAUUGAGGGGAGGAACCAACACUUAAGGAGCGCCCUCAAUAAAAACUGUCUGUGAAUCAC